UAAUGCCAAAAAAAUGAAAAAAUAAGCGCGUUUCGGUGCGAUGUGAAUGGCGAGGCGUUAAUUGGACGUAACAGCGAAACGAAAACAGUAAUACGGUGCAUAUUGCAGGUGCGGGAAACAUUCUGUGAUAAACGAACGCAGCAACCACGGAAAGAAAGGGCCCAUCCAAGCCAUCGCUCACGCCUGGAUCUCCUUGAACAGUACGCUACGCAAGCAGUGUGGUGUGAAGAAUCUGGUGCGCUUUUGUCCUGUUCCGUGUGUCCUGUCUGCCCGACAAAGUGUGAAGGAAGGUGCAUUGGAGCAGAUUUCGAAUGUACCGGGUGGACACGCACUAUGUGCGCGAUGAAGAAAGAUGCAUAGAUGUGUUUCCUACCAAGAAGAGCAGAAACACUAAACUUACCGACCGAAGUACCCAAGGCAACCCCAUCCGCAAAUAGGUAUCAGCUUCGGAUACACACACCGAACCCUAACCCGUAACGAUGGAUCCCGUCGGGCCGUGGUCGUACUCGUACAAUCGAUUACCGGGCACAGCGAGUGGGGAGUUCCAUCAUCAUCUAGCAUCGGCCGCAGCAGCUGCCAGCGGAACGGCAGCACUAACCGUGCAUCAUAAUGCGGCCGGCACCGCGGUCGGUAUACCUUCGACCACGCCGCAGCUCCUGCUUCAAACCGCACACACAACCUCUCUCGGUACCACGAGCGGUCCAUUUAACCCAUCCGGGUUUCUAUCGCCGGCCGGUGUAGCCGGAUACGAUGCCGUCUUCACACCACUGUUCCAUCAUGCCGCAACAGCCGGUAAUCCCAAGCCCGCACACUACAGCACAACAGCUAGCGGCAGUGUUGCGGCCGGAAACGGUAGUGCAAUAAAUACGCAACACCGACAGGUACUCAUACAGGCACAAACACCCGGUGCUGCUAUAGCAGCAGCUGCGGCAGCCGCAUCGGCAGCGGCCGCUGGCAAGCAGCAUACCGAGAGUCUCCGCGAUAACUACGCAACAACGACGGCAACAGCAGCGGCAGUAGCUGCACAGCAUCAGCAAAACUUCCUAACGUUCAUCGGCCAACAGGCAGCUGCUUCGCACAGCAGUGCACUGAACAAUGGACCAAGCGGUACGGGCGCGAGCACCGCCAACACGUGGCAAAGCAACAACAACCAGCUGCCGAGCCCGUUCGGUAUAAUGCCGCACGAAAAUGUACUACCCUCGAGUCCAUCGUCCAACAGUAAUCCAAUAAGUGUGACCACUGCACCGGUAAAGUACGAAAACUUUGGCGCUCACUACAACAAUACCCUGCAACACUCGCAGCAGCAGCAGCAGCAACAGCAGUCGCAACAGCAGACACAACAACAGCUGCAGCAACAGCAACAGUUAGCCACGCUGGUGGGGAAGAUUGCGGCAGCUACUACAACACCAGUGACAGCACGUUCGUCCUCGCCGGUGGUGAACGCAGUGACGAAACCGGUCGGACAACCACCACCCAACAGUGCGACCGGAGGAUAUUACCCAUCGCACGCUAGUAGCAACAGUACGUACGAAUCUCCGCACCCGUCAAGUGGUUCAACGCCGUAUCAGGCAGCAGGUGGCGUCGGUACCGCUUCAAGUAAGUCAUGCCCUCCACCGAACGACGGUGGCGUUGGUCGCGAUUCGUCUUCGCUCCUGGCAACCUCAGCAGGAGGCUCGGCAGCAUUCGCUUCGGCUGUCUCUUCUCCCUUGCCCUCGUCUUCGUCAUCUACCCUUGCGAGCGAAACCGAGCCCAGUGUGCUUUAUUCUUCAUCUCGUGCCACCUCCAUUACUGACGCUAGCCUCAAGCACCAACAGCAGCACCACCACCACCAACAGCAACUGUUUCAGCAUCACUCUUUAAACCAUUUUACAAUGCCACGACCGACGACGGAUCACUCGCCACCGACGAUACUGCAAUUUGGCGGGAACAAAGUGCGUCCACCCUCGGUCGGUUCGCCGUCGUACAGCGGGGCGGGGAAAACGUCUUCACAGGUUAUCCUUAGCCAGCAACCCCAAUCGUCACCGAUCAGCUACUCGAUGACGGACAACAAUCUCCAACAGCAGCAGCAACAGUCUAAAAUAGCCCGCGUCAAUGGCACGGCGGGUUCGUCUAGCAGUAAUAGUAGUAGCAAUAAUAGUAGUACGAACAGUAGCAAUAAUAACCCUAGCAAUACAAGCGCGCAGUCUCAGCAGCAGCAACAAUACCAGCAGAACAGAACCAGUGCCUCACUUAACUAUAGGUCCUCCUCCUCGACUUCCACCUCAGGUAGCUAUGGAGUCUUGCAAAUAGGGGAAUCGGCCGGUGGUAGUGGAGAUGGUGCACAGCAGCAACAGCAACAGCAACCAUACCACCAUCCACACGUGCAUCAUCACGCACCGUAUCACAUGCUGGCGAUGGCUGCUGCUGCUGCUGCCGCUGCCGCCGCUGCAGCAUCGAGCGUAAACGCCGCGACCAUCUCCACCAUCAGCUCGUCGUCGCUUUCGCGCGUACCAUCCUCCUCACCGGUGGCCGGUUCCACAUCCUCCACCUCGUCCGGUAUUUCUUCCGAUUACUCUUCACCCUCGUCUUGCAAUAGCAAUCCACCCCGUAAGGGGUCUCCCUCUACUACACAGCCAGGCUACAAUCCAAUCUACGGUACGUCAGUAGUGCCCGCUAGUAGUGGGACCAGCGUGCAACAGUACCAGCAGCAUCAGCAACCGUCCUUUGCACUUGACCAUUCGAAACCUCAUGUCCAGCAUCAGCAGCAAAUAGCGUAUCCUUCGGUAAUUACACGCACCCAGCAGCAUCCCCUUCCAAUGGCGCACCAGACCGUGGGCCAGCAGCAGCCACAGCUGUCGGAAAGUCAGUGGGACUCACCGACCGAAAGCAAACACGACCCGAUGGUGAUGGUAAAAAGCCUGCAGCGUCCAAUGCUGGAGGAGACAACCGGCAGUUCUGCAAAAGAACCCGCUAAAGCGUCGAAAGCUGGUCGGAGUAGUACGGCAACGAAAUCGCGGCGAAAAAAGAUGGAAGGAUGUACCACGGCCGGUAAAGUAGAUGCUAAAGUGAAUGGGCUGGAACAGCACGCACCUUCCAGUCGGGAAGCGGAAUUAUCGCAGGAUGAAAGCAGUCGAAACGAUCGUGUCACGAUCAAGUCCGAACAGGACGCCGGUGAAGCGUUGGAACAGCGAUGGCACUACAGCGUAUCGAAUGGUGUUGCGGGUUCUCAUUCGGUCGGUUUUUCGGUUCCCACCAGUUCGCCUUCCUCCUCGUCCUCCGCAUCGUUCUUUCCAGCCUCUCCCCAUUCUCACCUACACCACCCUCAUCCUUACCCGUAUCAUCAUCCCUCGCUGCACCAUCUUGUCCCUCACAGUCCUGCAGUAGCGGGUGGUGGUGUUAUUUCGCAAUCUGAGGGAAGUGCGUCUUCUUCUUCCCCCUCCUCUUAUGUCACUCUGCUAAACGUACCGCAGACCGUGGGACACGAGCCGGCUGCUGCCGGUGGGUCCACAAGGAGCGAAGACGAACGGUCCCGACGGUGGACGACGUUACAGUCCCAAGCGCAGGAAAAGGUAGUCGUGCCCAAUAUAGAGGAAGAACUUGGCUUUCUUGCAGAGCAUAACGGUAGCAGCAGCAGUCCGCGCACCGCCCAAGCAUCGAAUAAAGCGUCCGGUGAGACGGAGUCGGGCAACGAUCUGGAGCCGGUGGCACCGAAAAAGUUAAACGUUCCGGACAACAUGAACAAAGGCUUUAUGGCGAGCUAUCUGAAGUUUCUGCAGGGUGAAAGGGAAGGUUCACCACCGCCGGUAAUGCGCACCGGUCGGAAAGCGACCUGGACCCGACCCGUCACAACACCUUCCGGACCCGCGGCUGUUAAGAACAGUACAGCGACGAACGCAGCGAGUUCGGUUUCGUCCAGGAGCAACAGUGCGGCUGCUGGUGGCAGCAAAGCUCACGAUGUCAGUAACGGUAUCCCAGAGGUAGAAUGUGAGACCCAAUCCGCUAAUUACAGUAUUCCUGCUCUGCAGACUCCUAAGCCGGCAUCUCAGCAGCAGCAGCAGUCGAACGCAAAUCGGAAGCGAAAGUACAACGCACCCUCACCGGCCGGUACCAAUCACGAAGCCGACGAUCCACUGAUUGUUCCACAACGGCGCGAAAUGUCCAACCGGAAGGCAAAGGCGAAAGCAGUACAGCUGCAGCAGGAAAUAAUUGCGGAAAACAGUCGCACCAGCACACAAGCGGCGGGUCCACGCGCGAUGGAUGAUAUAGAAGAACCGGCAGAGUUUGCGGAUGAUUCCGAUUCUGAUCCGGCGUGGACACCGGAAUGCAAUAAGGACGAGGAAGACUACGAGGAGCGAUUGAGCGGCAAAAGGAAAUCGAAGAAGCCAGCAAACAAACAUCAGCCGCAGGCACGUUCGAACAUUCUUUCAGUUGCGGCUGCAGGUGCUGGAAUAGCUGAUUUCGAGUACGGCAGUGAGGAGGAAGGCCCAACACCAACAGCAGGCGAUAGUAUGCAGCAACAGAACGCAACCCAAUCUCAGCCCCAGCUGCAACAAAUUCCUCAAACGGUUGUAAUGCAUUCGCAAACGAUGUCGCAACAAAGACCCUUAAGCGAGCAGCAUCAACCGCAAAUGACGAUGUACUCGCAGCGACAACCAGCCCAAACAUCACAGUAUAAUAUGCAUCAACAAUCGUACAACACAACCGGGAGCAACAUCGUUAACAAUACGACCUCCCAGGCCAGUAUUCACUCGAACAACAAUUCGAAUUUUCAGGUUGGAGAUUUCGUUGCAGAACGAAGCGAUCUAGCACAGGACUAUCCACCAAUAUGGCGGGUAGAUGGCAAAAUGUUACUACAGAAAUAUGAACCAUUUGACGAUCAGAGUGGGAAAAUUCUUUACCGCCUUGUAACAACGUAUUCAGCGUUGAAUGAAGAGUCGAAAAAGAAGUACGUUCGCAUACCGGUCCAGUUCCGGGUGCACAACCAGAUGGAAUCGAUCGUAGAGUUUAUGCGCAGUGAGAUGACCGGUAGUAGUGCGCUUCGUGAGGAUGGCAUUACGCCGUCCGGUCAGAAUCAGCUGGUGGAAAAAUCCAUGGACGAAACGAAGGUGUACCAGGAUGUGUUUGAAGUGUACAUACAAACGCUGAUAUCGCAGGCGCUCGAUCCGAACUUUUUGAAGGAAAUUUUCCAGGAGCAAGAUGACUACUUUUUGUCGCGAGUAAAAUCGAUCGAUAGUCUAACAGAAGAUCGACGACGUCGGCUCGUCCAGAUUACGCCGUGGCCGCGCAACAUUCUUAACUCGUUAGCGGUUUUCCCCGCAUACGACGUCGUGACCGAGCUGGGCCACACGUCGCAUACCGUGCACCAGCAGCACUGCUGUGUCGCCUGCCACCAGCCCGGCAUAGCCGUGCGUAUCGUGCUGCAGGGUCAAAUGUACAACGCGGCGACACUCGCCUCGACGACCGGCUCGCCGGCGGCAUCCCAGCAGUACGACAAAAGCUUCCAGCUGUGCCGUGGAUGUUCCGCCCGGUUCGAACUGUUGCACAAAAUCUUCCACCAAAAGUACAUGAUGUUUGUCGAGUGUGCCAAACGCGUCAAUCAGCAGAUCACGAACGACUCGAACAAGGCGGCUACCGUCAUCCUGAACGAACUGCUCGCAGACGAACAUUGGCUUUCGAUGCUUUUUAAAGAAGUGCGCAGUAUUUGGGCGGAGAUAGAACAUUUGGAGAGGCAAUAUCGGAACCCGGUUGGCACUCAGUAAAAGGUGCGCUCCAAUCCGUUGUGUUGUGGGCGCUUGGUUGGUGAGUGUUGUUUUAAGUUGUACGGGAGAAAGACAUCAAGUUCAAAAUUUCUAUUUACCUUACGGCCUAUCGUAAGCGCCAUAAGUUCCACGAGUGUUUGGCUCUCUGCCGAACGUGCAUUUACGCCACCCGUCACGAUACUUCAAGCUUGCGUCCGUUGCUGUAAAUGUCCUUAAAGGAUUAAGACAACAGCGGACGGCUUAGUGUCUAAUAGUGUGCUUAUAAAUACAGUGUGUGUGUGUAGCGACUGUUAGCAACUUCAUACCGACAGCGUCCAACAAUGGUUGAACAAUGGUUUUUCAUGCACUUUUUUUUCGUGCCGAAAGGCAUUUCAGGCAUUUUACGUUUCCAUUUUGGUUCGUUUAUUUUCUUUCGCUUCAUUUAGCUGUUAUAUUCUUUCUUAUUUUCUAUUACCUUUUUUAUUAUCAUUUUCAAGCGUAGUUUUAAUUAACUGUGCUUUAAAAAGUGGCAAGUCGCGCUAUGUACAAUUAUCGACAAACUCUUGUAAAGUGUAUGGCAUACUUUAAAUAUAAAGAUAACAUUUUUAACAUAAUUCACCUUGCGCGCGGGACAGGGGUAUCAGUAUCCGAAA